CGUAACAAUUUAGUUUGGCGUACGGGGUAUGUGGUUAGCUAAUAAAAAUGUUAGCCGUGAAUCUUAUGGAGUUGUUUCUAGUAUUUCCACGAGUCAUCUGCAUCUUGCGCCUGUCCUCUGCAAUUCAUGUAGCCUAAAUAUCCAUCAGAACCGAGAGCGGUGUAGCAGCUGGCAUUGACACUUGAAUAGUUGUCAAUGCCACUAAACUUAAUUUUCUGUUGUUGACUAAAUAUAAUUUAGACUUUUGGAAGCUGAUUACGUAUAGCUGUCACAAACUGGUACGGUCUGUAUUGAUGUUAGGCAUUUAAGGUAAACAUGGUGAAUUAGACUUGGUUUAGCGACAUAUUUAUAAUAUCAAGAUAAACAAAAUCCAUAGCAAUUGAUUACGAUUGAAGAGGAAAUGGUUCUUUCAUUUCGUUGCUAUUGCACUAGGUUUCACUUUUUAGCUUCUCAAUGAUGAAAUGAAAACGAAACUAUGAGUUUCCGUUUACAUUUUCUGAUGUCAUAGCGUCACACUGGCUGCUUUUAUAUUGGGAGCACAGGAUACAAGAAACAGAAAGCUUUUGUCGGCGUUGCAGCUCUGACCAAUGAUGGGAAGUGAAUAAAGUUCUGAAAACCAGAUGCCAUCAUGAUCUGCUGGGGAGAAACCACUCUUAGGGAAUUUGCAGAAAAAGGCAAGAUAACUGCCGUAUCUGCUGGGAGACGCAUCAUUGCUGUUGUCACAGAAAAUGGACAAGGAAAAUACUGUUUACAGUGUGACACAAGUGAAACACGAAACAGACGAAAGCCAGGGAACUUGACAUUGAAGGAGGAGAAAAUCGACUCACUGAGCUGUGGAGCUGAUUACAUUGUCAUGAUCUCAAAGAAGGGAAACGUUUUCCAGCUAGACUUGGAAAGAAAACGUCACAUUUUCAGAUGUCACAGUGCACUGCUUGGCAAACAUGUGAUACAGGUGGUCUGUGGGGACCGUCAUACCAUUGCACUCUGCAGAGAUGGACAGCUCUUCACGUGGGGGGGAAACUCCCAUGGACAGCUGGGACAGGGGGAGGGAAAGCGUGACCUCCGGACCCCUGAGCCUGUCUUCUCCCUGUCAAGGGUUCCCCUGGCUAUGAUCGCUGCUGGCGGGGACCACAGCUUUGCCCUGACUCUCUCUGGAACUGUGUUCGCCUGGGGCAAAAACAGCUCCGGGCAGCUCGGCGUGGGAGAUAAGGAAGAUAGAUGUGAUCCCACUGUGGUUAAAAGCCUAAAUCUGAAGAGGACUGUCUUCGUUUCCUGUGGAGAGGAGCAUACUGCAAUUCUGACCAAGGGGGGCCUGGUGUUCACGUUUGGGUCCGGAGAGUACGGCCAGCUUGGACACAGCUCAGACAGAGAGGAACUGCGACCUCGUCUGGUGGCUGAACUCUGGGGGGCAAGGGUGACCCAGAUAGCCUGCGGAAGGCAUCACACACUGGCGUAUGUUGCGUCCCUGAAAACGAUAUACUCGUUUGGAUGUGGAGAGCUAGGGCAGCUGGGAAGAGGACAGGCUGGCAGUCAGAAUGUUCCACUUCCUGUUCCGCUGGCUCCAGGAUUUGACGGUGGAAUUGGGACCAUUUUGGCUGGAGGAAACCUGUCAUUCUGCUCUCUUGAAACGCUGCCUUGUCCCAGAAAAAUCUUGACUGUGGAUGAGAAAUUAAUUGACAAAUGGACCUCAGAGUGUGAUUCAAAACGAUGGAAAACUCUAAAAAGGGAGAUAAUACAGACUUUUUCAUCUGCAUCAACUCUCAAUGGUAGCUUUCUCAAUCAAAGUGGCGAUCGGCAUUACCAAACCACAGUGGCGAAUUCAGGUCUGGACUUGUCUCUAGCACGUCUAGCCUUCGAGAAGCUGGCAAAGAAUAAAAAAUUGUUGAAAGAGGUGGGAUCGGUGGUGCGGGACACACUGCUUCGCUCCCUGAGCGACGAACCGCCUGGUGUGGAAGACCUGAGAGUCUAUUUGAUCCUGCCUGAACUUCUGAGGGUCCUGCCCAUGGACAGAGACCUCUGUGUGAAUUUUGCUGAAGCAGUCGACAGACUGCAGCCACACUGCCUGAAGAUCCUAGAGGGUUUAUGGUCAAAACUUCCACAAUCCUUCUUCAAGUCCCUGGUGGAGGUGAUUCGCUCGGCGUGCACAUGGUUCCUUCACCAGUUGAGGACAGAGCUGGAAGAUUUCAGGAUCCCCGUUGAGAAGACAGCAAAAGUUCUUCAGAAGCUGUAUGAGGUGAACUACAACUCUGGCAGGAAGAUAGAGGACAGAAACUUCUACAUCAACGAGAUGAAGCUCUUCUUUCAGUCUUGUCUAGAAUGGUCGCCACCGGAUGGAAACAUCAUUUACCGCAUGUUACAAUUCAUGUUCAGAAGGUUGGCCUUCUACCGAUGCAUCUUUGACAUGGAGACAAAACGCAUGGUCUUCAAGUUUUUUACGAAUAAUUGUUCUUGUCUAUCUCCUGUUUGUUUGCAGCAGAAUGCCCUUCCUUUAUUGCCGAAUUAUCUGUUUGUGAACAGAAGGACCCUUCUGACAGAUACCUUUCAAGGACUGAGAAACAAAGCCCGUGACUACCGUUGGCCAUUAAAGGUAAAAUUUGAAAAUGAGGAUGGUAUUGAUGAAGGAGGUUUGUCUCGGGAGUUCUUCACUCUCGUUGCAAGGGAAAUUCACUCAUUGGAGCCAAAGAUGCUGGAGGUGUUUGACUCAAGACUUGUCUGGUUCAUGCCUGAGGGCCUCCGUGACAGCGAUGCUUAUCGCUUGCUUGGGCUUCUCUGCGGGAUGGCGCUGUACAGCCAGUGUGUUGUGAAUUUCAACUUCCCACUGGCGCUUUUUAAGAAAUUGUUGGGUUUUAUGCCGACUCUGGAAGACCUGGAAGAACUCUCUCCCAUCGAAGCCAGGAGCUUGCAACAAGUCCUAGAUGAAGACGAAGAUGUUUUGGAGCUGUUGUAUUUGGAUUUCACGGUUAAAGGCCACGAAAUAGUUCCAGAUGGAAGAGAGAUAUCAGUAACCAAAUCCAACAGGCGGCAGUACGUGGAAGCGUAUGUUGAUUUCAUUUUCAACAAGUCGGUGGAGAGGCAGUUCGCUGACUUUUUGGGGGGGUUUUCGCAAGGCUGCCCAAAUGGAUUGUGGAAGAUGUUUCUCCCAGAAGAGCUGAUGGCCCUUCUGAGUGGAAACGUUGACUAUGUGUGGGAGGAGCUGGAGAAGAAUGCUAUAUAUGAGGGAUAUACGCCCACAGACGAGAACAUCAAAAACUUCUGGACUGUCUUCUUUGAACUGUCUGAGGAGGAAAAGAAGAAUUUUCUGUCCUACAUGACAGGAAGCAACCGGCUGCCCAUCGAGGGUCUGGCAAAAAUGAAGAUCACUAUUGUGAACCAAAACAUGCCCAACCCUGAUGAUUUUUAUCCGUUUGCAAACACCUGCUCUUGCCUCCUAUCCCUUCCAAAUUACAGCAGCAUUGAUAUUCUGAGAGAGAAGUUUGUCCAUGCAAUCUCUUUUUACGAGGGAUUUGGACAAGGUUGAAGUGUCACAUGAAGAUAAAGACAGUAAUCCUUCAACUGCUGAGGUUUCACACAAUGGCCACCAGAGCGGCGACGUUCUCGUCACUUUUGAACAGUCUUUAUCUGUGUCUGUCAUCUCUGGUCUAAUUUUCAGGUCAGAGCAAGCAAGGACAGCUCUGGGUUUUUUUCUUUAGAAUUUCUCCUUUCUACCAUGCAACUGUGAUUAGAAUGGUGAACAAAAUAACAAAACAAAAUUUUAUACACUUCAGUAGAGCGUUAAUUCAGUUAUUUAUUAUGAAUUAUUUUGAAUGAUUUCAUUAUUCUUCUUUCUUUAUUAGUAAUUGAUAUUUUCAGUUUAUUCCAUUGGUUCAUUUUGAAUAUUGUAUUUCCACGAUAAUGUGAACCUGUUGGUGUUUACCGUUCUUGGCUCAAUGGCGUAGUUCCAGUGCCUUUUUCUGUUUGUCUGCAAGAGGCAAGAACUAUUUUUGAGAUUGCAUAGCAGCGUGUGUCCCAAAGCAGCCUAUCAGCUUUGUGGUAAAACACAAGUGUGCAGAGUUGAAGCUGUGGAUUGAAGACAUGCCUGAGAAGCCUGCCAUUGGCUUAACCUCUGCUAUCUUUUAUCUGUACCCAUGUUUCCGGAGGUUCAGUUUCUGUGUCAUUCUGUAUGAAACCUAAAGGUUUACUUUACUGCAUAGUGUUAUGGACCAUUCAGAUUCCAUACAGGCUGUAACAUAUGAUGCAGAGGCAGUAUAUUAAAAAUGCGACUUAAAAUUUGCAUGACCAUUUCGGUGUAAAAUAAUCUAGCAUGCUAUAAUAUACCAAUGCUAUUCUGCUAUUGCAGUAAGGCUCUGGACCAGUAAGUUAUAUAGCUUGCCUGCUGUAUAUAAUGUAUAUAUUCAGUGUAAAAUAAGAAUUUUACUCUGUAUAGUUAAUGUUUUCUUUGGUGUCUGAGCUUUAACAUGAAUCUCCCUGGUGUCACCACACUGGAGAGCCAAUCUGAUCACAGGGCUAAAUCCAUAUAAUGCUCCCUUUUUAGAAAUGAAAUGUUUGGGUGUAUGUAUGAUGAACAUAAGCUUUUGUCAUGGAAUAUUAGCCUCCUUCUUAUGUAUGAAAUUUUCAUGUUUUUGAUAUUGGAAACAUAUGUGGUUGUAAAUUGCUGUUAAUGGGGAAGCUAAUAAAUCAUUGAUUCCAACUGGAA